AUGUACUAUGUGGUUUCCCAAGCGCGCGUGAACGCCGCCCCAACGACCAUGCUACGGCCACAGCGGCCUGGAGACGUGCAGCUCGGGGCCUCCCUGUACGAGUUGGUGGGUUACCGGCAGCCGCCCUCCUCUUCCUCCACGUCCUCCUCCUCCACGCCGGGUCCCCUUCUUCCCAAGGCGGCGCGCGAGAAACUGGAGGCGUCGGCCGAGUCGCGGGCCACCGGGACGGGACCGAGCGCGCACGCGGGCGCCCGGGCAGACGCCAAGGAAGAGCAGCAACAGCAGCUGCGGCGCAAGAUCAACAGCCGCGAGCGGAAGCGCAUGCAGGACUUGAACCUGGCCAUGGACGCUCUGCGCGAGGUCAUCCUGCCCUACUCGGCGGCACACUGCCAGGGCGCGCCGGGCCGCAAACUCUCCAAGAUCGCCACGCUGCUACUCGCCCGCAACUACAUCUUACUGCUGGGCAGCUCGCUGCAGGAGCUGCGCCGCGCACUGGGCGAGAGCGCUGGGCCCGCUGCGCCUCGCCUGCUGCUGGCAGGCCUGCCGCUGCUCGCCGCCGCGCCCGGCUCCGUGCUGCUGGCACCAGGCGCCGUAGGGCCCCCGGAUGCACUACGCCCCGCCAAGUACCUAUCGCUGGCACUCGAUGAGCCGCCAUGUAGCCAGUUCGCACUAGCGGGCGGCGGCGCAGGCGGCGGCCCAGGCGGUCCGGGUCUCUGCACCUGCGCUAUCUGCAAGUUCCCGCACCUGGUCCCUGCUGGACUGGGCCUGGCCGCCGUGCAGGCGCAAUUCUCCAAGUGA